CUAGAAAAUUAGCAAAUGAAGUAGUAAUUAUUGUGUCCUAGAAUUUCUACAAUGGAAUAUGCUAAGUGUCUUAGAAUUUUGUUUAUGCUCGGUGUCGUGAGUUGUGAUCUAUGUGGAAAGAACAUGGAAAAUUUGUUAAGUGAUAAUGGGCGGUGCCAAGCGCAAUUCAACGGUACUUUCAGUGUGACCGCUGUGAGCGUAGAUAAUGAGAAUGGUGUUGUAACUGUAUUAACUCCCGAUGCCAAUCCAAGCUGUAUAUCCUCAGACACACUAUCAUUGGCUAGUGGUGGGAUUUUGAAAGUGAAGGUUUACACGAAGUCAGUUGCUGUAGAAGACUACUUGACAGUGUUAGUGUAUGAGGCAGAAGAAAACAAUGUUGUUGGCCAAGCAACCCUCCUCGACACUGACAACAGAGUCGGUGAUGAAUGGACAGUUUUAGAAGUUAUGUUAGAAGGAAAACCACAUUACGAUGGUUACAUUAUGCUCGUUGGAAAAGCUUCUUCAAACUCGGAAAUCCUGGUCCAAUCAAUCUGCUACUUUCCUGCAGAACAAAUGAAACUACUCACAACUCAUAAUGAAGCUAUACAGGCAGAUUCAAUUUUAAGUCAUGAAAUUUACAUUGAGUCAGCUACUGAGCGAUCAUUUCUUUUUAACACGGAAGAUUUCUGGACACCCCUUACUAUUUCCCUAGCAGUAAUAAUCCCAGUAAUAUUAUUAGCUUUACUAGGUUGGGGUUGCUUCGCUUUAGGGAAGCGGCAGGGGGCUAAACAAGAGCCUCGAGUAUAUGAAGAUAUUGAUAAUCUUCCAAAGCCGUAUCUUGUUCCAAGAGUCAAGAGCAUGUAUCCAGAAUCCGUUGAAAGCUCUUACGUUGCUAGAAAUAAUAACAUAUACUCUGUUUAA